GCAGUACCGCCUCUCGUUGGGCAACUGUAUUAAAUCAUUUCUCUGCUAGAUAUUCAUUCUGAUUAAUGUAAUUACCACAGAUUUAUCAGACGACGAAAGGGAAAAAAGGAAAAAAAUUGCUGAGAUCGCUGCCAUGGCGUCAUUUCUCGCUCGACGUGCGAUCUCCAACCUGCGUGCAACUCAAGCGGUUACCAACAAACAAGUAUUGCUGGAGAAGCAGCUGUUUAGUCCAGCAAUUUUUACGCGUUCUGUCUCUACAAUCAAAAAGCAGGAUUCAAGAGAAACAGAUAAGCUUGCAAAUGAUCUUGCAAAGGAUUGGAGCACAGUUCUUGAGAGAAGUAUGAACACUUUAUUUUUAACUGAAAUGGUUCGAGGCUUGAUGCUGACUCUAAAAUACUUUUUUGACAGGAAAGUGACGAUAAAUUAUCCUUUUGAAAAGGGUCCUCUAAGUCCUCGUUUUCGUGGUGAGCAUGCUCUUCGUCGCUAUCCAACAGGGGAGGAGCGUUGCAUUGCUUGCAAACUGUGUGAAGCGAUUUGCCCUGCCCAAGCCAUAACCAUUGAAGCUGAGGAACGAGAAGAUGGAAGUCGUCGGACAACUAGAUAUGAUAUUGACAUGACAAAAUGUAUAUACUGUGGCUUCUGCCAAGAGGCUUGCCCUGUUGAUGCUAUUGUUGAAGGGCCUAACUUUGAGUUUGCCACAGAAACACAUGAAGAGCUUUUAUAUGACAAAGAAAAGCUUCUAGAGAAUGGAGAUAGAUGGGAAACGGAGAUAGCAGAGAAUCUCCGUGCUGAGAGUCUUUAUCGAUGAGUAUCUAGCAUUAAUCAAUGAAGUCUGAUUGAUGUGAAGGCUUCAUGAGUGUAACUACUAUACUAUGCUUUGUGAAGUACAAUUUUUAAUAAGGAGUAAAUUAGCCCCAAAUGUUCUUACAGGAUACAUUAGUUGGUGUAUCAUUCAACAUGGCAAAACAGUAUUUUGUUCCUAAAGUUAUUAUUGCUUGUUGGUUCUACCAAUACAUUUCUGUGGGACGUCUUCUUAUUUCAUGUUAUACUAAAAAAUUAUCUAGCAGUUCCCAGUU